AUGCUAAGCCUCAACAACCUCAUCGAUCCGGCCUCCCUCGAGUGCCUCAAUGAGGACCCUAAGCAUCCCGUUAAGAACCUCCUACAACCCAACACUUCGCUGUUCCUGCAGUCGGAUCCGACGGUGGACCAUCAGCUCUUGAUACGGAUGGAGUUCAGGCAGACGGUGAAGGUGCGAGCCAUUAAGGUCGGGUUAAAGCGGCAAAUGGUCGACGAUGAAACAUGUCCGUCCCUUAUCAAGGUGUUCAUCAAUAGGCUGUCAAUAGGCUUCCAGGAUGCUGAAGGGGACGAACCAGUGCAGGUCAUACAACUGGAUGACCCUUCGCAGUCGGCAGAGGCGUUCCAGUUGCGGAUUGCUAAGUUCCAGAACGUUAAGAGUUUGCAGAUUUUUGUCGAGGAUAAUUUCGGGUCGGACAUGACGCGAAUCAAUCACAUCGAGGUCUUCGGCGCUCUGGGAGAGAACACUGAUAUGAGUAGUAAAUUGGAUAAGUCUGGAGGCUGA